UGCAGCCCAUACUGAGCUGCAGUCCGGAGGAACGGAGGGAGGAACUUGUUGUGGGCUGGACGGGUGCAUUGACCAGCAUUAUCCUCCAGGUCAAACCAGGACAGAGGAGCAACACACUGCCAGUGAGAGAUUGAAUCCAGCAUUCACAAUGGCAGACAGCAGGAAGACUAAUGAGAGUGGAGCUGCCGCAGCAGAACCCGAUAAUGGAGACCAGCAGAGUGUUGUUUCCCGAGUGAGCCAUUUGCCUCUGGUCAGCUCAGCUUGCGGGGCGGUGUCCAGCGCCUACAGUAGCACCAAAGACAGCGUGCCCUUGCUGAAGGGAGUGAUGGAUGCAGCGGAGAGCGGGGUCCGGACCCUGGGAGCCGCGGCCUCCACGGGCUCAAAGCCUCUCCUGGACAUUAUAGAACCACAGAUUGCCACGGUGAAUGAGUACGCCUUAAAAGGACUGGAUAAGAUGGAGGAGAAGCUGCCUAUUCUUCACCAGCCAGCAGACAAGGUGGUGUCGGACACAGUAGGUAUGGUGUACCAGUCGGUGGCGGGGGCCAAAGACGCUGUGGUUGGGGCCGCGAUGGGCGGGGUCGAGAUGACCUGGGCAGCCAUCAGCGGAGGACUCAUGACCGCCAUGGGCACCAGGAUGGGCCAGAUGGUCAGCUCUGGGGUGGGCCUGGCACUGAGCCGCUCAGAGGACUGGGUCGAGCAGAACCUACCCCUCGCUGAGACGGAGCUGGCUGCUGUGGCUGAACCUGCCAGCAGUGAGGUGACUUCCCUUACCACCAGCCCCAGCUACUUUGUCCGCUUGGGGAAACUCUCAGCCAAAGUCCAGGAGCGGGCCCUACAGCACUCCCUGGGCCGUGCACGACAUGCCAGGGAUGCCACCUAUGCUACAGUGGCUCAGAUUACCAGUACACUGGACCUGCUAGAGACCGCUCGCACGGGUCUGGGUACCGCCAGUAACCAGAUAGGAGGAGCCUCCGAGCAGCUGCUGCAGCGAUGGACCGAGUGGAAGCAGAAGCAGGCUGGAGCUGGACAUACUGAGUCAGAGCCAGAUGGGACGAGAGAUGAGGCUGAGCAGCUGGAAUGGCGGGUCCUCUCCAUGGUACAUGGUCUGAGCGACCAGCUGAAGUCAGCAUGCUCCAACGUUGUGUCGAGUGCUCAGGGUCUGCCAGGAGCAGUCCAGGACCAGCUGACCAACGCACGGCAAUCUGCUGAACUAUUGCACGCCUCUCUGGGGAACACCAACACCAUCACACCCCUCCUUCUGGAGCAAAGCCGUCACAAUCUGAACCAAGUUAAACAGUCCCUGGAUGGUGUCAUGGAGUAUCUACUGAACAACACACCGCUCAACUGGCUGGUGGGACCUUUUGCCCCGCAGAUCACUGAGAGGGCAGAGGGAGCUGCAGUAAUGGAGCCGAGCAAUCCACACAACUAGACUUCAAGACUUUUUUGUGUUUCUCCAUGAGUUAGGGGGAGUGUUGACAGACAACUGUAUACCAUAUAUGCACCAUUUAAACAUAUACAUCUGCUUGUUUUAAUGAAAAAAAGGCACUGCCUUCAUCAAUGUUUUCUUCAUUAUGCACUAAAUAUUGUAUUGAUGACACUAAAUGUGUGAUAUAAAAGUGAAUGGAAUUUAACCAUUGCCAAAAGCACUGACCUUUGGCCUUAUACAAUUAACUAGUUUGUGCACUUUAUUAUAUUUCCUAUAAGAUUAUAGUGUGUUUUUACAUAUCAAUGUAUGUAUCUGCCAAUAGUUAUGUUGAAAAGAUUUUUAUUAGUGCCUUUUAAAAAGUCCAAGCAUUCCUUUAAUUAAGUCAAAUGAAAGAUUAUAGUAUUUUUACAUAUCAAUUUAUGUAUCCAUCUACCCAUACUUUAAAAGUGCCUUUCAAAAAAGUCAAAGCAUUACCAUGAUUAAUCCAAAUGUAAGUUGUCUAGCACUACAGAUACCAUUUCAAUGCUCUAAAUUCCCUUUUUGAAAAAUUGAGAUGUAUAGUUCAUAGUGUUAUUUCAGUAUUUUGUGUCCGAACUUUGAUGGAUUCAGCUAAUGAGCUGUCAAUGAGCUGAAUACAUUAAAAAAGGUGUUAUUUCCGAGGUUUGGAGUGUUGUUGGGGUGGUGGGCUUUGCUGCUGCUGGCCACACUUACUGAAGGCUGAUCAAUCUAGAUACCGGCAGUAAAGAAGGUAACAGAUGAUUUCAUUUAAUUUGUCAAUUAUUUAAGUAUAAAUACAAUAUCCUUUGUACACUUCUAAGACUUCUUGUUUUUAAGAAGCUGAUCAGACAUUAAAUUAAAUUAAUUGUACACAGUGUUUGUCAUUCUAUUUGACAUUUGAUUAUGUUGUUAAAGGGCCUGUUUAACCUACGGAAUAACGAGUACAUCAGUUCAGAUCUUGAACGUUGUGGUUUCAGCAAGUACAACAGCUUGACUGCAAAAAAACCUUUGAAUUAAGUAAAAAGAUGUAUAGUUCAUAGGUUUUUCAUUUGCUUUUAGAUGUGCAUUUUUUAUUGAGUAUUUUGUCUCUGAACUUUGGAUUCAGCUAAUGAGAAAGUAACAUUGUGGGAAAAGUACAGUAUUGUUCCUAUGAUUGUAUACAUUAAUAAAGGCGUUAUUCCUGA